AUGUCGAGAUCAGCUUAUUUUCCGAGAAAUGAUCAGCAGGAACAGGCGACUCCGCAUCACCAUCUUCAACACCGAAUAUCUAGGCGAUCUAUUUCGAAACACCAAAAUGCGGACAUACACAGGCCGCCACGAAUGGAGAUCUUGAGUCAGAUCCUUAAUCCCGAGUGGGAAAUAGGGUCUAGUGAAACGGAAGAUGUAGAUAUGGGCCCUAUAAAGUCUUAUUUUGCCGAUCCAGAUGCGAUUACUGAUGUUAGCAGUCUCCAGGAGCUGCUUUUUUUGUCCACUCUCAACGAGGAUUACGCUAUGACAGCCGAAGACUACGAUGCCCAAUUCGCCAAGUUCACACAUUACCACGAGACAAUUCAGCAGGCUCGUGUCUUUUUAAAGCCUCUUUUUGACUACUUAUUGAACUUUGAGAAAGAGCUUACUAAACUGUCAGCAGAGAUGGAGUUCCUCCAGAAGCGGUCCAAUGCUCUGAACGAACAGAUAGAAGACAAGAAGCAAAUCGAUCUCAAGCUCACUCCAAUCGUCAAUGACUUGGCGAUUCCACCCGAAAUUGUCCGCUCGUUGGUCAACGAUGACAUCACCUCCAAAUGGAUCGAAAACCUGAGGUUCAUCUCCGAAAAGAAAGAGCUAUAUGAGAAAUACGCUAACGAGUACGGCGAGUUCAAGUCGCUAGUGGAACUAAGAAAGGUUUUAGAACUCAUGACUUUGAAGGCUGUUGAACGUGUGCGAGACUUCAUCAUUCGGAAGAUCAAACUGUUGCGUGUGAACGGAAUCUCAUCACAGGUGGUUCAGAAAGACUUGCUUGAUGUCAGAGAGAUAUACCCUUUUUUGCAGCAACACAACACCAACUUAGCGCAGGAAUUGCGCCAGGCUUAUGUUUAUACUAUGAGAUGGUAUUAUCACCAAUCGUUCGUGAAAUACUUGUAUUCAUUGGAGAGAUUGAAUACUGUGCAUGUGGACAAGAUUGCUCUUCUUGGAUCCAACGACGAUGAAUAUGUGAACAACUCGGGAUUUGGUUUCUUGAACAUAUACAGUCACUCUGGGACUGCGUCCACUUCUUCCAGUCUUUCAACUUCCAAAGGCAAUGGAAAACACACCUUGUAUCAAAACGAUUACCUGAACCUGGGCAAGCGCGGUCAGAUCAUCUCGCUAGAAGACCAAACGGUUAUCAUUGGCCAGAUCGCAGAGACCAGCCAGAUGACCUAUUGGCUGGAGACCGGGUUUAGAAACUUCAAUUUGGCUCUUCUUGACAACGUUUCUGUGGAGUAUCUUUUCCUGAGUGAAUUCUUCCAGUUAAGCAACUUCGAACAGGUCAACGAUCUGUUCAAGAUAGUUUUCCAGCCAACCCUUUCAGUUGGGAUCAACUACACUCGCUCCCUAAUUGCAGAGACUUAUGACGUCUAUGGAGUGUUGAUCUGUAUCAGGCUUUCGCAGGCACUAGAGUAUGAACUUCAACAUCGCAGAGUGCCUGUUUUAGAAGACUAUUUCAAUCUCCAAAUGAUCACUCUUUGGCCAAAAUUUCAGAAGAUCAUAGAUGCCAAUUGCGAUAGUAUGAGGAAAGUGAUUUCGAAAUCGAGCUCGUUUUUCUCAUCUGCACACUCCUCGAUGGGUUCAAACUCCUCCAUGCCUCUUGCACUCACCCAGCAAUUCGGAAAGUUGCUUUCUGGCUUGCUCAAUCUUACCACAAACACAGUCUUUGAGACUGAGCAAAACGAACCGUUGUCAAGCAGUAUCAUCAGAUUGCGAAAUGAUUUUGAGAGUGUGUUGACGAAGAUUAGCAACAAUCUUGGUAAGGACUCAAGGAAAAAAGAACUGUUUUUGUACAACAACUAUUUCCUGAUUCUAACCAUUUUGAAUGAGAUCGAGGGAAAGUUGGCUGAUCCAGAAAGGGAGCAUUUUCAAACGUUAGUGAAGGCAUAUGAGCCUCGGUUGCCUAAGUGA